CCUGGCGCCGCGGGCCGCGCUUUUGUCCGGCGGGGCCGGGCCGAGCUGGAUCGGGACCGGGACCGGGACCGGGACAAGGACCGGGAUCGGGAUCGGGAUCAGAACGGGGAUCGGGACCGGGACCGGAGCCGCCCAGCGCCAGCCGGGCCCUCCCUACAGGACGCGGCGGCGAUGCUGUGACCUACAUUCGCGACAAGGAGGUCCCCAGCCCGCCGCCACCGCCGCCGGGCCAUGAAGCGACACAAGUGAGGGCCCGGCGCGCCCGCGGCCAUGGCCAGCCCGGCACCAUGGACACAAACAGAGCUGACGCGCUGGCAGGGCGAGGAGGAGGAGGAGGAGGAAGAAGACGACUUCGAAAGGCGGAUGGACGAGGAUGGGGUCAUCGGCCUGGGGGAGGGUGCCAGCAGCCCACCGUGGGGUGACAGUGAGGACCUGGAGGAGGGGUCCGCGGCAGAGGAGGGGCGAUGGCACCCGCGGCAGGAGGAGGACGAGGAGCGGGGCAGCUCCGGGGGGGACGAGGGGCCCUGGGGGGCAGAGAGCGAUGGGGACCCCUACCCCGAGCUGUCCUCCGGGGGCCGCUGGGGCUCGGGCUCCAGCGGCAGCCCCGAGGCGACGGGGGACGGCCGGGCUCUGUGCCAGCCCCGGGGCUGCAGCACGGACGGGGGGUGCACCUCGGGGCUGUCAGACACCAGCCCUGGCCCUGGCACCCCGUCCCGCCAGCACCGGGGCUGGGGCACGGCCGGGGCCACCACCGGGGGGCACAGGCAGGAGUGGAGCCCGAGGCGGAGCCGCCCCGUGCAGCUCUCCGCCCAUGGCCCCGGCCCCCAGCGUGUCCCUGGCACAGCGCUGGCACCUGCUGGCUUGGCACCCUCCGGGCAGCCCCAGGGCGCCGGGAAUCCCGCGGCACCCCAAGGGCACGGCAGAUCGCGAGUGCCCAAGAAAGCAGCGCCUGCGGUGGUGCCCCCCAAGCCCGCCCGGCAGUCGCGGUCCCUGAGCCCCCGCAGGCGAACGGGUGCCAAGGGGGCGAAGGAUCCCCCGGGAACGGGCACCGAGGGCACCCAGUACGGCCGAGGGCGCCUCAACCACCCCCUGCCCGACCUGUCCAAGGUGGAGGCGCGGGUGAAGUUCGACCAGAGCUACCGCCCGCCCCGGGGCCGGGUGCUGCCCGCCCGCCCCCGCGGCCCCAUCGCCUUCAAAUCCCCGGCCGAAAUCGUGCGGGAGGUGCUGCUGAGCAGCGGGGAGGGGGCGUCCCCGCAGCCCCCCAGCACGGCCGGGCUGCCGCAGGAGUUGAGGUCCCCCAGACAAGCGACAGCGCUGGUGCAGCAGCUCCAGGACGACUACCACAAGCUGCUGACCAAGUACGCCGAGGCUGAGAACACCAUCGACCAGCUGCGCCUGGGUGCCAGGGUGAGCCUGUUCUCCGACCCGCCACAGCCCAGCCGCAGCCUCGCCAUGGGCACCGUGGCCACCGGGAGCCGAGUGAUGACCCUGAGCAUCCCGCAGGGGCGGACAGCGGCUCUGGGCACGGCCACAGCCCCGGCCUUGCCACGUGCCUCGCCACGUGCAGCUGGAGGCCCGGGACCGCCAGAGCGGGGGGGUUCACCCCAACCUCGGUCCCCUCCUCCGCCCGGGGGGGGCUGCCCCACCUGCCCCGGGCCGUGCUGCUGCCCCGGCCCCCGGCUCACCCGGGCCCUGGCGGGGCAGAGCCGCAGGCUGCAGGCGCAGGUGGAAGCCUUCGAAAGCUGGGUGCGUGCAGGGACCCCCACACCCUCGGAACAGCUCCAGAGAUUGAGGAUGCUGAGGGACGCGCAGGAUGCGCUGGAGCGGGAAUACCUGCGGGCCCGGCAGCAGCUCCCGGAGGCUGCGGGGGGGUUUGAUCCUGACCGGGCAGUGGAAGGAGAGAUUUACCGCCUGGGGCUGCGCCUGGAGGGGCUGAAGGAGCGGCUGGAGCCGGGGGGCAGGCGGCAGUCCCUCCUUCAGCCCCCCUCGCAGCCCCGCUGCCCCCCAGCCCCGUCCCCACCGCCAGCCGCUCACUCCCCACACCCCGAGAGCCCUGUGCUGGUGGAGGAUCCUCGGGGGACAGCCGGGGACAGCGAGGGGGUGGCAGGUGGGCUGCCCUGGCCCCUCUGGCACAAGCAGCGCCAAGUGGAGGAGGACUUCGGGGACCUGCUGGAGCACCACCCGCUCCUGCCCGCGGGUCCCCCCAGGUACAAGCACUUCAAGUCCUUGCCGGAGUCGCUGAGCCUGGAGCGGCUGAGCCUGGCGGGGAGCGGGUCCCAGGAGGAGGUGGAUGCACCCACGGCAGGGGACGGUGGCCCCAGCAAGGUCCCCUGCAGGACACGGUCACUCGAGGAGGCGCCCAGCCUCGAGCCCUUGCCCUUGCACCUCCCACAGAGAAGAGCUGCGACGCUUCCCCCCAGAGGACUCCCAAACCUGGAGGAGAUCCAGGGCCACCCCUCUCCUGCCACCCCUGAGGAGCCACCAGCCUCUGCCAAGCCCGCCCUGGGGGUCCCUGGGCCACCACGGGUGCCCCUGUCCCUCGGUGGGACAGGCAGCAGUGCCACCCAGCACGGGCCCCGCAAGGAGCAGCGCAUCGUGUCCCCAGAGACCGACAGCGGCUUCGUGGGCUCGGAGGCCAGCAGGGUGUCACCCCCCGUGCACACCCCCGAGCACCAUCCCCCCGGCCCAGGGGCUCCGGGCUCGCUGGGACCUUCCGUCCCCAUCCUCCGUACCCCACGGAAGAGACAGACGACCCCGCUUCCCUCCGAGACAGCACUGAUGGGCAUCUACCCCCCGGGGGGCACAGGGGGGGCCCGGCUGCCCCCCAGCAGCCCCUCUCAGAGCAGCUCCCCCCCUCGCUGGGCCGAGAGUGCGGGCAGCGACGGGGGACCGGACCCCGAUGCUGAUGGCACUCACACGGACUCGGAGGUGGGGGACAGGAGCUGUGCCAGCGCCGGUGGCCACCCCCCAGCCAUGGCCAGGAGCCCAACCAGCCCCCUGCCCUCCCCCGAAACGCCAUCCCCCACGCUCCUGUCCCCCGACCUGCCGUCCCUCGAGCCGGCUCACUGUGACCUGCUGGGCUCCCGUCUGGAGCGCGACCAGGCCAUCCGGGCGCUGCAGGACGAGGUGUGGCGGCUGCGGCGGAGCCUGGAGGAGAGCCUGCUCCGCUCCCGCAGCCAUCCCGAGGGAAAAGCCGCUCCUCGUGUCACCCCGGCCAGGAGACAGCCGGUGGCCAGCGAAACAUCGGCCCCCCAGGACCCAGCACCCUCGGGGGAGCCGAGCCCGCCGGUGCGGGGCAGGGUGGCCCCCGGGGUCACACCCACGCGGAGGGCGAGGUCGGCAUCGCUGCCACGGGACAAGCCGCAGCUGGACCUCGGUCUGCAGCGCGGUCCCAGCGGAUGCCACCCCCCUUCCCUGUCCUCCGCCGAGUCAGAGCCCUCGCCCGCCGGGCCCCGGGCACCCCCCGCCCUGCGGAAGCACCUUGGGAAGCCCCCGGGGGUGACAUUCCGGGGACAGUAUGCAGGGACACGGUACCAGGCGGGGACACCACGUGCCACCCCGGCACCCCGAGAAGAGCCGGGCACCUCGGGGUGUCCCCGAUGUCACAGGGGCAGGACGGCAUCAGCUACGUUUGCAGGAGGUGACACCCCCCGGCAGCCCCAGCACAGCACCCCCAGGAGAACGUCCUGCCCCACCUGCCGGGCACCCACGGGCAGCAGGGACACAGCCACACACGCAGAGCGUGGCCCUGGUGGCUCCUGUCCCCCAGGCCCCCACGCUGGAGCCGAGAAGCCGGAGCAACCCGGAAUUUGGUACUUGGCAGCCAGCCCUGCUGCCACCGUCUGCCUGGCACCCGUCCCCCUCGUGCCUUACGUGCCCUCCAUGCUCUACUGCUCCCCAGCAGUUCCUACCUCAGCCCCAGCCCUGGCCGGGGUCCCCCUCGGUGUCCCUGUGGGUCCCCAGCGGGCAGAGCGUCCCCCCCGGCCCCGGGGCCACCACCGCUGCCUGAGCCUGGACCUGGAGGAGCUGGAGGAGCUGAACUGGUCCCUGGGCCGGGCUGUGGAGGCCGCCCAGAGCGUCAGGCUGACCACCAGCCGCAUGAGCCGGGCGCUGGCCGCGGAGCUGGGCCGGCCGCGGGGCCUGCGCGGCUCCUGCCUCUUCUGAGGGCCCCGCCGGCCCCUGCAGGCCCCGUGUGCCAGGAGCGGGGACAGACCCUCAGUGUCCCUCACUGUGUGCUCCAUGACAAACCUAUGGCCAGCAGGGACAGAGGUACCUACAGACCUUCUGUGCCACUAGGAGAGGGGACGGACCCUCAGUAUCCCUGCACUGCAUGCUCCAUGACAAACCUGGGGCACCAGGGCCCCACUGGCCCCUCCAGACCCUCCAUGCCCCCAGGAGAGGGGACGGACCCUCAGUAUCCCUGCACUGCAUGCUCCAUGACAAACCUGGGGCAGCAGGGCCCCGCUGGCCCCUCCAGACCCUCCAUGCCCCCAGGAGAGGGGACGGACCCUCAGUAUCCCUGCACUGCAUGCUCCAUGACAAACCUGGGGCAGCAGGGCCAGAGGUACCUAGAGACCCUCUGUGCCACCAGGAGAGGGGAUGACCCUCAGUGUCCUUCACUGUGUGCUCCAUGACAAACCUGGGGCAGCAGGGCCAGAGGUACCUAGAGACCCUCUGUGCUGCCAGGAGAGGGGAUGGACCCUCAGUGUCCCUGCACUGCACCCUCCCUGCCACACCUGGGGCCAGCAGGGCCCUGCCGGCCCCUCCAGACCCUCUGUGCCCCCAGGAGAGGGGAUGGACCCUCAGUGUCCCUCACUGUGUGCUCCAUGACAAACCUGGAGUCAGCAGGGCUGGAGGUGCCUCCAGGGGCUCCUGCCCUGGCUCCCACCCCCUCCCAUUCUCCCUGCAGCCCCUGCAUGGCCUGUCCCUCUGUCUGUCCAUCUCCAGGACCCCCCAGGCUGCAGGAGGGGCGAAGGCUGGGCAGCAGUCCCCAGCAUUCUGCAGCACCCUCCCUGGGAGCAGCGGGGUGGCCCCGCGUCCCCCCAGGCCGGUGGCCACCCCACCCCGAGCACUUCUGGGGGUGCUCUGACCUCGUGUGGGUCGAGCCCCCUUGGCAGCUGUGUUUACCUCUGUGCCUGUGUGGGCAGAAUUCCCUGGGAUUCCCAGGAUCCCCUAUCCCACCCCUUUCCCAGCUUCCAGGCCUCCUCAGGGGGCUGUGCCCUGUGCCCUCUGCCCUUGGACUUGAACCCAGCGGGAUCCUCCCUGGGGAAAUUUAUUUUUUUGGUGUUUUUUUAUGUGAAUUUUUUAGCUAGUAAGCAGCUAAAUCACUCUUUGGAGUGAUGAUUGAUGAUCUGUGAUAUAUGUGUAUCUAUAAAUGGAUAUAUCUAGAUAUAGGCAUAUCUAUAUUUAGUUAUAUGACUAUAUCUAGAGAGACAGAUAUAAAUAGAUCUGUGUAUGUCCAGAUCUCUAUCUGAUGCUAUAGAUAUAUCUUUCUAUAGAUGCAUAUAUAUAAAUAUUCUGGUUACAUUCCAACCCUUAGGGCAUUUGUGGGUUUUUUUCUGGUCAUCCCUGGAUGUGGCCACCCACAGCAUCAUCCAGGCAGAAAAUAAAAUGAAGGAUUUGAGGUUUUUCCCCUGGGAUCCUCAGGGAAGCUGGGUUGGUGGACGAAAAGUUACCUGCUGAGACCAAAGCAGGUGUGAGUCUGUGGAGCCCCUGCUCCUCCCAGCUGGGUUUCUAAGGAGUUAAUUCCUAUUUUUUAGGGAAAAGGAUGUGGUUGUGGCAGCUUUUCCAGGGAUAGGUCCAGCCAAACCCCUGUUCCACCCCCAGCACCUCAACCUGUGUUUAUCUGUAGGACUUACCUAAGUGCCAGUGUCAAAUGUAUUUAUUUUUCUUUUAUUUGUUGUACAAAUACCCACGUUUGGAGGGGGGAUCAGUGAGGGACUCAGGUCUUGGAGCCUUCCAAGCUCCCCCUGAGCCUGAUCCUGACAUGAGCCCAGAGGGGUUUGGAAUGGGGCUGUCUCCUCCUCCUUUUUUUGGGGUGAUAGGGCUGGGUUUGGGGGAUUUUAAAGAGGUUGGGGGGAUUUUAAAGAGGUUUGGGGGAUUUUAAAGAGGUUUUAUGUGUCUCUGGUUGCCUCUGCUCUUGCCCGUGCCCCAAGCUGGAAGCUGUGACUCCCCCAGCCCAGGCAGGGUGCGAUGGGAGCAUGUGGAAAGUGUGGGUAAUUAUCCCAAAUGCAGUAGCCAGGACCAAAUGUUGGGGUUUUUUUCCUUAUCCCCUAUUUUUUAACGCCCAGCAGAGCCACUGGGUUGGUAUUUUGUACAAAGAAAUCACCUAUUUUUGAAGGAAAUAAAUGCAGUUGGAUGACUCGUGUGCUGAUUUUCCUUCCCAAAGCCACUCCUGAGGGGGGUUUGGCAUCACCACACCAGCAGCCCUCCCUUGGGGUUGGAGGGAAUAUUUUCCCAUGCCUUUUCCCUGUUUUCCUGGCCCUGAGGGAGCAGCAGAGCACAGCCCCAGUUGCACUAGGGAUGGAGAUCGCUUUUAUUUAGUCACUCGAGUGCUUUAGUACAGAAGAACAGAUAUACAGAGAUGAUACAUGUUUGUGCUUCAACACUUUCAAACAUUUAGAUUCCAGUAAUUUCAAGGUAAACAAGUUCCAAGACAGACUAGAUUAUUUUUUUUUUACGUUUUCCUUUUUGAUAAAUUAUUUUUUAUAUAAAUAACUGUAACAGAAAAAAUAAUAAUAAUAAUAAUAAUGUCCAACAUACAGGAUCCUGAAGCAUUUGCAUUGCUAAACCAAAGAGGAACAGAAACGGGCUGGGAGACCAAAGGGGAACCAACAAAUAUCAGUGCAAUGAUACAGCCUUUGCCCUAAAAAUAUAUAUUUAACUUUAUGGGCAAGGAGCAGACGGGAAGGGAAGGGAAAGGAGGGGGCUAACCACCAACGAGGCAAGAAAGAGCAAUUUUAGGGUAGGAAAAGGGGGGUCACAGCCUUCAGGGGGAACAGAACAAAACCAUAGACCCCAAAAUAUUGCAGUGCAUCUAACGGCAAGGGACAGGGGGCAAUCCAGGGGCGUCAAAUAAAAACCCAACUAAAAUCAGAGUUUUGGGGAAAUCACUAUACACCAAGCUCGUAAGAACGUCACAAGACACAGUCAUUAAUAUACACAGAGUCCAGAGGGUUUUGGGGGGGCCUGGAGGGUUUGGGGGGCCCCAGAGGGUUUUUGAGGAGGGCCCAGAGGGUUUUUGGGGAGGGCCCCAGAGGGUUUUGGGGGGUCUCAAGGUGACGGCACGCUCAGAAACGCUUCACCACGGGACGACACGAGCAGAGCUGGGCACGGGCACCGAGCUCCCAUGGGGAUGGAUGGAGAGGUAUCCAUGGAGAGAUAGCACAGAUAUAUAUA